AUGAUCAGCAGGAGUUUGCUGCAAUUUUGCCUCCUGCUGCUCUUCUCCAGUGAAAUCUCAUGUCUGGACUGUAACAGGCUUCAUGUUCUACAAACCAGAAUGAACAGUGAGAGUUUAGAGCGUCUGGAGAAAAUGGGUGGAAACUUUCCCUUCCAGUGUUUAAAUGAAAGGACAGCUUUCAAGCCCAGAGAUAUCCUCAAGAUCCGACUGUCCCAGCAAGAGAAUGCCAAGGUAGCCAUCCAGCAGAUCCUCCAAGAGCUCUUCCAUAUCUUUAACAACAACCUCACCCAAGCUGCCUGGGAUGGGACUUCCAUAAAGGAAUUCCAAAAUGGACUUCACCAGCAGAUUGAGAAGCUGGAGAUGUGUUUGAGUGCUGAGAUGGAAAAGGAGAUGACCUACCCAGGAAACGAGACCCUCCUGCUCAGCAGCCUGAAACUGAAGAGAUACUUCCAGACAAUAGACGAUUUCCUGAAAGAAAAGCAAUAUAGCCGGUGUGCUUGGGAGAUCAUCCGUGUGGAAAUAUCCAGAUGUUUUCCAAUUCUCAACAUGCUCACAAAAAGACUUGAAAAUGAAGAUUCAUUUACUCACAUGAGAAAAUGUAAAACAAAAGAUAUUGCUGAAAAUGUGCCAGAGGACAACAUAGUAUUUGAACGGAAAGAGAAAAACCUUACAAUUUCCAAAUCAUCGACGUUACGCGUUUGCUCAGAAUUUUCCUUGGGCUUUUCUGAAAAUGAAAUCUCACCUCUGAACUGUAACUGA